AUGGCGGGUCUUGCGACCACAACGGAUGCAAAGCACUCGGAGACCAGGGCCGUGGGGAUGGGGGCUGCGGGGGCGAACGAACGACUGGCACCGGGGCGCAACUCGCUUUCGGUUGCGCCGCUGGCGGUACCGCCGGCGGCCGUAGCCGGGACCAAGCUAGCAGCCGCGGGUCCGGCUGGGGGUGGGCGAUCGACUACCCUGUCAGGUCGCCGCGGGAGUGCGCCGUUGGAGGUUCCGAGCGCAACCGGUGUAUUGUCUGGGAUGCCAGGACCUGGCGGACGGACGGAGGUACGGAAGAGCACCAUCAGCAUCCUGGCGCCGCCGCAAUACCGUGAGAUGUUGGCCCGUCGACAGGAACAGGCGCAUCUGCGCACCGCGGCGCGGCGUAAUCUCCCCGUGUACGAAGGCUGGCGAGGGAUCGACACAAUGACGGGCGCACACACUCAAGAGUCGCUGUUGCACGAACUCAGCGCACAUCGUGCAGAUCCAGACGUCUCCCCUUCGCCCUCUCUGAUGCGCCAGCAGUCUUCCCAAGACUUCUCGCGCCGCAGCUUCUCCGGCGAACUACCCAAUCGCCGCGCCUCUCUCGACGGCCGCCGCGCCUCUCUCGACGGCCGCCGCGCCUCUCUCGAAUUGGGGACCGCCGGUACCGGCACCGGCAGUGACACCGUCCGCCGCAGUGGCUCGCUCCAACGAGGCGACCGUGACGUCGCCUUAGAGGGUCCGGCGGCCCUGGACCGCAGUCGGAGUCUGGACCGCAGUCGGAGUCUGGACCGCAGUCGGAGUCUGGACGGUCUAGCCACUCCGGACGCGACGGAGACGGUGGCCGGGGGUUGGCGUCAAGGCGAUGAAUUUGGGUUGCUAUAUGACGCAGGGAACGCGUUGAUUACGAGUGCCGCGGACCCGGUAAGGCGUAGACGCUCACCGGCAGUUGGCAGCACACUCGAAACGUUUUGCGUCUCGACCGAAGUGGCGGACGACAAGCGCGCAGCCGCAGUGGCGCACCAAGUCUUGCCCGGUACCGGCGGCGGCAUGGCCGACGAAGGGCUCGCCGUGAACUGGCAGAAACGGCAACCAGCGCCCACCCAACAACUCGAAGAACUCCUGGAGGCAUUGCGUCCCAGCUACGGCUUGCUCGUGCCCGAGGAACUUGUUUUCGACAUGGCGGCUGAAGACGCCGCCGGUGGGAGCGGCUUCGCCGCCCCAUCCGGCGGUGGCUUUCUGCCGCCGGGGCCGGGUGAGUCGCCCUUUACGGGGCCAGGGUCUCGUCCUGGAGAAAAGGCGGGAGACGCGUCGGCAGUUAUGGAGGAGGCGUUCCGUGUGAUGCACGCGGCCGCGACUCCGUUGGGGCUCGAAUUCGUGGAUGAGCAGGCGGAGGAGGAGGACGCGAUGACGGCUACGCGCGUGCCUGUGCCGGAGCUAGAGGUGCUGGACGCCGUGGCGACGAUGGAGGAGAGGUUGCGUGUGCCUGAAUUUGGGAAGAUGAGUGCUAUGUACCCGCAGGCUGCGAUCCGCGCGAUCGAAGAAGGCAUGGACGAUGAGGUCGGCCGUGUGCCCAAAGUGCGUCUCCGGGAAUUGGACGCUCUCGGUGACCAGAUCCGUGAGGAGAAUUUUCGCUCUACCGUCGACGGUGAGACCGUGGACCUCCCGAUUCCCGAUCGGCUAUUGGCAAUGCUUGAUCAUCUUACACCCCGCCGCACACGCCGGGUCGUCUCACGAAACGGUUCGAGAAAUGUCUCGGGGGGUAGUGGCGUGACCUCCGGUGGUGGUGUGAGUACUCCUGGUGGUCUGGGGGAUGGUGGUGGAAGGGGGAGUGUGGAGGAGGACUUGCAUCAGCGGUUGGGUGAGAAGUUAAAGAAGUCGGUAGAGGUGUCGUUAGAUAACCCGGCUGCGUACGAGGCGAUUGAUCGGGUGGAGGAGUUGUUGGUGGGACAGGUGGUGCAGCGAAGCGACACUGGGGCGGAGACGAUGAGGGGUGUGUUCGAUUGCAUUUCGGAGCGCGCGUUAGAAACGGGUGAGGGCCGCGGUGAAGGCGGACUGCAUCGUCGUGUGCGUCCGACGGCGGAACACGCGCCAUUAUUUCGAUACACGACGAAUGCGCGUGCACAGGAGGUGGACCCGCGCGUAUGGUUGUCGUUCCGUGAAGAAGGUGUCAACCCCGCCGGCGAUCUGCGUUUCACACACCCCGGCCUACCGCUGGACGAGAGCCUACUGCUCAACGUGGUUAAGGACUUCGAUCGCACCCGGCAAACGCAUUUUCAGAGACUGCGUGAAAAAAAAAAACGUGAAGCGGAUCGUAAAGAACGAGAGAGACUAGCACACGAUCUUGACCUGCAAAACGAACUACUCACCCGAGGCGUAGACGUUGUUCAGAUACCUACACUCACCGUCACCGCGCCAACGGGCGACAUCAUUGGUAAAACCGAGGGACUCUCUGGACCUUCAGGACCUGGGUUUGAGGCCGGGGAGACACCCACCCCGACCCUGGAGGAUGCCCGACUGAUACCCGCAGAGAAGGCUCAGCGAACGGAAGAUGAGGAAGAAGAAGGAGUAGAAUUACCGGUGGUGAAACGAGACGGGCUUACUGCGGAACAGGAGAGCCACUAUGACACCUUCGGUGACUGGUUGCACAAUAAAGUCAUGCCCGUUGUUCGUUACGAGCAGUUGCUUGCGUUGAGCUGCAAGAAUUGUAAAGAUCGAACGUAUUUGAAAUAUAUUGAUAGUAUCUACGAAUUGCAAAAGGAAUACUGGCCCGUGGUUAGCUGGAGUGAUACCGAUCGUGAGUACGACGAUACGGAGGAACAGCCAGAUUUCGGUGAUCCGAAGGUGAUUCGGAAAUUGUUGCUUGCAGACAAGGAACACGACCAGAAGUCGCGAAUACAUAAUGCUCUGAACGAAGCGUUGCAGCAGCCCUUUGACGUGGAAUAUGCUCCGUAUGAAAACCACAGUAAGGCUACCCGCUCUGACGGAUGGCUAGAUCAAAUGCUGACGGGCAGAAUUUUGUACCAAGGCCUUAUCCGGCAGGACACACACGUGUGCGAACAGGGGUUUGUUUGGGCAGUGUGCUAUGAAACUUGUUUGGCGCUCUUUAAUAUCCAAACGGCGAUAGAAGGCAGUGCUGCACCGACGGGCACAUUUCCGGAGUUCCCGGAGAUCCCUGACCGGCGGUUUGUACAGUUGCUGGCAUGCUAUUCGUUUCUUCAUGACCAUACGAUAGCUGUAAAUUUGUUGCAAAUUACCCCCGAGUCGAUUAAUGCUUGUUUCAAAAGGCAUUACGGCCAUUCGUUAAUGAGGCGGUUGGCAACGGGUGUUACAAACGUGUUAUCAAAUGCGCUCAAUCCGGGUACGCCGACGGCAGCCUCGGGUUUUAGCAUGAUCCGUCGUUACACUACGUUGAGUCAAUACCAGGUUGAGAUUUCUGCGACGGACAUUUGUGACAUGAUGUUGUCGAAAAGGGGUCAAACAAAUCUCCGGAAAUUUCGGUUCGUUUCUGGUACCAUGUUGACGAUGCGUCGUUGGCUGCAGGCUUUGGCUUACGGUUCGACAUAUUCGAAGCAUGUAGGUCGCAUGGACCGACUGUACGGACAGGCAGCAUGGCCGGCGGUGGAGACGGCGUUAACGAAUCUGUAUAGCACGACGUUGGACUUCAGUUCGAACAAGAUGAUUUUUGAUGAAGUGCUUCAGAUACUCACAGAUCUCGAGUUAGCAAACAACGAACGUUUCGACAAGACUGACCGAGGCGGACGUGCGAGUGAGUACCUCCCUCCUCGACGUUCCGCUGCCCCGUCCCAAAGCGCAGUCCCGUCCCGAAGCGCAGUCCCGUCCCGAAGCGCAGUCCCGUCCCGAAGCGCAGUCCCGUCCCGAAGCGCGGUAUCUCGUAGAUCGGGUGAUCGAAGAUCUAGUGGUUACAGCAUUGGCGCCGCAGGCAUACCAGUAAUCGGUCCGGGUUAUGAUACGUCGUUGCGUGUGGAGCGGAGUAUAUCGCACGUGAACUUGCGUUGCUGCAAUGUGGAUGAAGAGAUGGUGGAAAAAAUUGCGGCCAGAGCGGGUACAUUGUCGCGCACACUGGCAUGUUGGACAUUAUCGAAGAACCCGUCGCUGGCCAGAAUGAACCCGAAGAGACUGAUGCAGUGUCUAGCGCAUCUCGAGCCAUUAGAGUCCUUGGAUUUAUCCGAUUGUGGUUUCGCCGACUCGACGGCCAUGGGUGAAGGUGUUGCUGAUUUGUUGCUUCGAACACGAUACCGGCUAAGCCUGCUGGAUCUUCAAAGCAACGCGUUCGGCACCAAAUUCGUUGACGGUUUCUGUGACGGACUGGCUAAGUCCAAAGAGAACCUAUUGGACAUGGCCACAGCACAGGUGGCGACAGCACAGGCACCCUCGGAGCGGUCGCGACGACGGUUAUCUUCCUCGGAGAAGUCGCGGUCAUCUAGCCAUGGGGAUGCGGGGUCUAGAGUUGUGGACAUGCCACGAAUGAAUAUAAUGAUAAUUCGUACGUUACAUAUACUGUUACAGUACAAUGCGUUUGAUGACAGGAGUGCUGCACGUCUGAUCUCUACUUUACAAUCAUUGCCAUUCGUUAAGUAUGUGUCUAUAGUAGGUUCUUCCCUUACAAGUAUAAUGGCAUUAAAGAAGGUGAUGUUACAAUAUAGGGACAUUACGUUUUUAGAUGAAGAGAAAGAGCGACCGGCUGAGGACGCGAUUAAUGUAGCGAUCAAACCCAAUUUGUUACGGUCUCAGCUCACAAGCCAUAUGCUAAGUGCACACAAUGGUAAAAGUUUAUUCAUUGAGGAUGUAUCCUUCCCUCGAAAUUUAUUAUCGAGUCUAAUACUCAAGGCAGCCCAGACAUUACCGUGUGAUAGUAUAUAUCUGAUCAGAUGUGCAGGUGAUAUGUUCAUGUCCGGUGACCUAUCAGGAAGUAAUAUAUCAUGGUCUAUUAGACAACUAGUCCUCAAUUACUCUAACUGGCUAUCCGCAGAAACACUUAGGUCUGCCGAAACGUUUUAUGUCAAUAAGGGAACACUUUCUAUGGAUGCCCGUCUCCUUAACGUACUCAAUACUGUUAAACUACUACAAAUCAGACAUCUAUCCAUUGCCCAUACACCUGCACUGAAUAAUCUGCCCGUCAUGGAUGUCGCACUAUUCCUAUCAGAACUCAUUUCAGAAACAUCACUUGAAAUUAUCAACCUCUCAGGAUGCGAACUCAAUUCAACCCACUGGUAUCAUACAUGCCAUAUGCUUGCUUCUAAAAGAGCAAGCCAUGAAAUUGAGGACGCUCUAUAUAUCGGAGAAUCUGGUAUUAUUAUUAGCCAUAAAUCACAAACUGGAUAUAUUAAACUUCGAACUAACAUGAAUAUAAAAAUCGGUGGCGUAUCUAAACAAUGGUUUAUUCGACAACUUAUUCUCAAUCUUAACCCUCAAAUUAAUGAUAUUGUUAUGAAAGUAUUACUAAGAAUUCUCUGGCUAAAAGCACCCCUUCUUUGUCUAGUGGCUCUCUAUGAUGUUAAACUACCUGAUAACUUUCCCAACGAUUGCCUUGAAGCUAUUCCUUGGUUUAAAUCAUCUGUAUUACAACUUGGAUUCCCAAACCACUCUAAAUAUCUUACUUGCGAGAGGGAAUUUGUCAAAUUACAAAAUGAAAAAUUACAAGUAACUGACGACGAAAUUAAUUCUAAACGUAAAUAUAUGAUGGAUAAAUGGAAAUCAAUUGUCGAUGAAAAUACCAAACAACGAAAACGCGCGCGCACACGUUUGCGAGAAAGGAAAUUCGCGCAAUUUUUAGAAAGUCGAAGCAAUAGAGCUCGAUUAUUAGACAAGAAGUUGCCACGCAAUGUUCAGGAGAUGCGUCAGGAUAAUUAUGAAAGGUUAACUCGAAGAAUUACUAGAUCAGAUAUUGCAGAUUUACAAAAUGGUGUUUAUCCCCCUUAUAAAUUACCAGGAUUAGUUUAUUUAGAAUUGUAUAAUGGUACAACCAAUGUUCAGAUGGGUUAUGAACAUGAGCAACCGGAUUCCAAUCGCAUUUGGGAUUUUUCAGGAUGUGUUUAUAGUUCAUAUUUAAUGGAAGAAUAUAUGAAGGAUCAAUGGAAUAGAGAGGAUGAGAUAGGAAAAAUUGAGGCUUUAUAUCUGGUUAAUGUUGGGUUCAAUUCUGAGCAUUUAGUGGAGUUGGGUUUGCUGUUGUCUCGUUACGAUUUUCGUGCGUGUAAAUUGGAUCUUAGUGUGAACAGGAUUUCAUUGGAUAGCUCUUUAUUAAAGGAGUCGUUGAUAACCAUUGCCCUAAAUUUACAAUUGAAAGUACUGAUAAUGGAUUGUAAUUUGAUAAUGGAUUCUCCAAGAUUAGCUCAAGUUAUUUUGACACUGAUUCGAUUAUCUUCAUUAGAGGUACUUAGUGUUAGGUACAACGGUCUUGGUCCGUUAUUUGUGAAGCAAUUGCUUAAAGGUUUGGAUGAGAUGAUGAUGCCUCCUAGUAAGUUAAAGAGCAAGUUAAAGAAGUUGGGUAAGGUGAGACGUUCUCCCACAAGGAAACCGAUAACGGCAAAUCAGCUGGCAAACGAGCUAAGGAUUGCUCAAGCCUUUGGAGUGGAAACCCCCCACAGGAAGACGGAGUUGCCGAGAGUCAGGGCUCGCUUCAGCGACUCCUCAUCUUCCUCCUCUUUAUCGGAACGCGGUAGAACGCUUGGUGAGGGACGACCUGGCGCCAUGGGGGACGACCCAAGUGUGAAAAACAGAGUCUCUCUCGGCCACGUACUACAACCAGGAUCUGACAGCGGGGACAUCAAUGCACAACCCAAGUCUCUUCGCACCCUAGCCCCAAUAACUGGUCCCGGAACCGGAAUGCCAGGCCAUGAAUCAUCUUCGGGGCCACCUUCGGAGUCCCCGCCGAGCCCUGGCUUUAAGCUACCGCCGGGGUCACCUAGGUCGCUUAACAGACCUGGCUCCCCACGACCGGGCAGAACACCUUCUCCACGGGGUCGCGACUUGGGUGUCCUCGGCUCUCCCACCGGUCAACCGCUACCCGCCACUGUCGCGCAAAAGGCUCGCGGUGGCGCGACUUCACAGAAGUUCCUGCAGGCGGCGCUGCAUGGCGCCAGUCUGGAACUCGCAGACCCCAUGCGCAGCCACUCUGCGGCCUCGCUUUCCUUCGCGAGCGAAGGCUCCACUGCGCUCGAACUUACUCGCGGCUCUGGCUCAGGCCGCCUCCGCGGCUCAACCAGCUCCAGCCGAAGUCGUGGGCCCGAGUCCCGACGCCGGGACUCGGCAGGCCGCGCGGUAAGUUUCGCGCACGGCACGCCUGGCGUCUCCUCUUCAGAUGAGUCCGGGGCCGGCGGCUCCUCCGAGUCCCACUCUUCAUCCAGUUCCUCAUCCCGGUCUUCCUCCCGUUCCUCAUCCCGGUCUUCCUCCGGGUCCGCAUCCUCUUCCUCCUCGUCCGGUUCGUCGUCCAUUUCUUCCUCAGCAUCUUCUCGGUCGUUUGACGAGGAGUCAUCGCAGGGGUCGGAGAACGCGCAGCCGGAGUUACGAUCGGCGAUUCGUGGCGGUAAGUUGAGUGGGUCGCUUCGCGGUUCGGGGUCGUUACGGGGGGCGGGUUCCUUCCGUGGGUCGCGGCGCGAGUCACGUCGCGGGCGCGAUUCCCGCGGACGACAAUCCGGGCGCGGGAGUCGGCAUAAGGAGCAGUUGCAGAAGGUGACAUCGUUGUUGGACCAGGUGAAGGCGAUCAUGCCACGACCGGUAGAGGAUUCUGCGUUGGUGGAUGCCAAACCACCGUACCGGUUCGUGCGUCGUGUGCACCCGAAUGUGGCAUACCGGCCGAGUACGUUGAAGGUGUUGGAUCUGCGAGACAAUCAUAACAUUUCAGAGUUGGACGCAAAGUUAAUAGCAACCAAGCUGAAGAAAGUGUGUAGUGCACUGGAGCAACUUCGCAUCUCACGGGGCUCCGCUGCUACCCAGGUGUCAGACAUGCCACCUGUCGUCAAGUACAGCGAACACACCGGCGUCUUCGCUGCACCCGAAAAUCUGUUAGACCCCGACCCGCAACCGUUGCCGCGCACACUGCCCGCCGAAUCACUCGCCAGCCGAGUAAGACGAACCUCCAGUCGCAUCAAGGCAUUGCUCAGUUCGCCCGACUUAGAAGUUUUCCAAGAUUCAACACAGCGCAUGGCAAGGCUAAGCUCCGGACGUGAGAGCGCCAACGUCAGCUUUACCAGAGAGAUGAGUGACGGGGGAAGGACCGAGCGGGGAAGGACCGAGCGGGGAAGGGCAGGGGCAAAGGGGGGAAGCAGCCGAAAACGCCGCAGUGACAGUUCAAGCAGCGACAGCGCCGUUAGAAAGAUCUCCAGAGGGCCUCGUGCGGGUCCUGGCGGGAAACGACCUCCCAAAGGCAACAUUAGCUCCAUCUUGACCACCACUGGUCGGGGCAAAGGCGGGGUGCCACAGAAGGGCAAGGGACCGAAGACCAAACCGGCCAAGUCGCCCAAGAGUGCUUUGAAGAAAUCGCCAAAGAGUGCCAUGGGUAAAGCGCCGAAGAGUGCGUUGAAGAAAUCGCCCAAGAGUGCUAUGAUCAAAUCGUACAAAAGCGCUGUGCCCAAGAGCGCUGUGGGCAAGCCGCUGAAGAGUUCCAUGAAAGACUUUGGGAAGAAAGGUCCGGGCAUGAAAGGUAAAGGUCCGGCACCCGGUUCGAAGUCUGCGAGUCCGGCGGGCAAGUUCAAAACGCCGAAGGCAGCCAAGGGUAAACCACGUAGUCCACUGGCGGGACCCCCGUCGCUCGGGAAGCCCAAGUUCAAGGGCAUGCCGCCGUGGAAAGGUGGCGAUGCAGCACCCAGCGUGCCGCCUUCUCAACCUCCCGCUGACACUCCCCCUUUGGCACAGUCUCCUCCUGUUGCGCAGUCUCCUCCUGCAGCGCAGCCUCCUCCUGCAGCGCAGUCUCCUCCUGCAGCGCAGUCUCCUCCUGCAGCGCAGUCUCCUCUUGCGGCGCAGCCUCCUCCUGCAGAGCUCGUUUAA